UGUUAUAAAUCUAAGCUUUUCUACAUGAAUUCAUAAAAAUAGUUAUUAUAAGAAGUCGCUAGUAAAAUUGGUACUUAGUUUGUUGGACGUUUAUAAGUAUUUCUCAAUGUGUCGUUUUCAUCAAAUACCUCAAUAAAAGUUUGGUAAAAUGAGUUACGAAACUAACAAGGAAUUGGUGUUGAACUAUCGUUGCAAAUGUUGUUUAGAAGAAAACAAAAUAUUAUUAAAUUUGUGGGAAGAGAACAGGACAAACGGCGAACUAGAGAUAUACGGCCAAAUGUUAUCAGAAUGUUUUUCUCUGAAUUGGCUGCCUCCACCACAAGCUUACAAUGAGCAAAUUUGCCAGACUUGUGUGUCCAGACUUAAAGACGCUGUUAGUUUUAAAAAGGUUGUCUUACUGUCUGAACAGCUAUUGUUAGAACAACUUGAGGAAGUGUCUAAAGAUGCACUUAAGGAGGAAAAAGAUGAUUCAGAAACAGAGUUUGCAGUUGAAUAUAUGAAUAUGGAUUAUGAUGAUGAUGAAUUUAUUACAAAACGUACAGAUGUCAAAGAUUCAGCAGAAGACAAAAAACAAUUCGAACAUAUUAAAGUAGAAGUAGAGCCAUUUGAAGAAAGAGAUGAGCUGAAGCGUAGUAAACGUUACAAAAAGUAUACUGAAAAAGAUUUCCAGAAAUGCAUGGAAGCCGUGAGAGACAAGACCUUGUCCCAAGUCAAAGCCUCCGUCAAAUAUAAAGUUCCAAUACGCACCAUAAGGGAAGCUUUACAGCAGGAGGGACUCAAAGAGGACAAGAAGACGAAGAAACCGCGCGGGAAAGUGAGAGGCAAAGAGUUGGAGCAGCAGAGCCAUAACAUUGGCAUCAUCCUCAACAACACCAACGCCACGCCCAUCCGCUGCCGCAGCGACAUCGGCUACGCGUGCUGCUUCUGCGACGCCGCCUUCCCCGCGCCCGCCGACCUCAAGCGCCACACCCUCGCCGACCACGACGCCGCCACGCGCCGCGACUUCGCCCGCGGCAAGCGCCUCUGGGAGUUCGUGGUCAAGCUCGACGUCACCGGCCUGCGCUGCGAGCUGUGCGAGCGCCGGCUGAGCGGCCUCGACGACAUGAUGGACCACCUCCAGGGCCACGACCUCACCCUGCACCGCCACCUCGACAACCACAUCCUGCCCUUCGACUUCGCCACCGACGAGCUCCGGUGCGUCCUCUGCGGGGGCCUCUUCAACAAGUUCAAGGGCCUCCUGGAGCACAUGAGCCGCCACUACCGGAACUACGUGUGCGACGUGUGCGACCUCGGCUUCGUCAGCAAGUGCAUCCUGAUGCUGCACAAGGAGGGCCACAAGACCGGCGCGUUCGCCUGCUCUUACUGCGCCAAGGUGUGCGACACGCUCCGCAAGAAGAAGUCGCACGAGCGCUCCGUCCACGUCCACUCGCAGCUGAUCAGCAAGUGCGGCCACUGCGGGGAGAAGUUCACCACAUACCGCAAGAAGCAGAAGCACAUCGCGAGCGUGCACGGCGUCCGCCUCGCCGAUGUCAAGUGCCACGCGUGCGACCGCGCCUUCGCCACGCAGAGCGCACUGCGGAUCCACACGAAGAGGGACCACCUGAUGGAGCGGCGGUUCGGCUGCAAGGUGUGCGACAUGCGGUUCUUCGCGAGCCGGGAGCUGACGUCGCACAUGGUGAAGCACACGGGCGUGCGCGCCUUUCAGUGCGAGGUCUGCCUGAAGGCGUUCGGCACCAAGAAGACCCUGCGCGAGCACCUGCGGAUACACGCCAACGACCGCCGGUUCAAGUGCCAGCACUGCAGCCAGGCCUUCGUCCAGAACUGCAGCCUGAAGGGCCACCUGCGAUCCAAGCACGGUGUUAAUAUCUAGCGGAAGAUACGGCAGUUGCAAUACUAGGUACUUAAGUGAUGGCAAAUAAAAAUCUUAAGACUUAAUUACAAACCAAAUUGUAAGUUCUAUCAGAAUCUCAAAUAAGGGCGCAAAUGGCGUGAGGCCGCCUUAGAAAAUGCAAUAUUAUACAUACAUUAAAGGUUAACUAUUAAUAUUGACAAGUGUAUACAUAGUAAAUAAUAAUUACAAAACACAGUGACUAUGUAAAUAAGAAUCUCAAUAUCAAAAAUAAAAAUAUUAAGUACUAUCAAUG